UUUUCACUGCCAGUCAGAUUCGCUCCAUUCACAGUCAGCACACUCUGCUGUAGCUAUUCGUUUCUGCUGGGCUUUUUUGCGGCCAUCAGCAGUACAUACCAGAAAAGUGAAGAAAAUUUUGCUGUAGGAAAAAACGAAAAAGCUGUGUUCUAUGUGCAUCGCGUGAAAUGUUGAUUGCAUUAUCGUUUCUCCUAAAGUCGAUGCAUUUUCAAACGAUUUGAGAAGUGCCACGAAUCCAACUAGGUGCGGAUAUAUUCGAUCUAAAAUUGCCCAGGAAGGUCAGAAAGUGUAUCGGAUAUUUUUUUUUUCGAUUGCGCAGCACACAGUGGAGAAAAGUGCACAAAUUGCUGCUGGAAUAUCAUCGGUUUCUCGAGUGUGUCGGGUACGUGAUGGUGGAAUGAAAUAAAGAAACGCGUACCCACUCGCAAUCAAAGAAAAAGAAGCACUCCUAUUGUGUGCUGCCCAUAGCUUGUGUUUGCUGCGACGUCCGUGUGUGUGUGAAUGCGUAUUUUUUUCACUGAUCACAGCGAGUGUUUUUCUCGAAAACCGCAUUUAUCUGGGUAAAGAAUAGUGAAAAUGAAUUCACCGUCGUAAAUAUUUGCGAAACUUUAGAUGGAUACUCGUUUCGUUGCUAGUGACGUAGCUUUAACAAUUGCUGCAGAUUGAAUUCAGAAGUGAUUUGUUCGUCGAAAAACCAAAACGGAAGAAAAAAAAAACGAAAUGUUUCACGAUUCAUGGAUGUAGCUGGAAACCGUCGUCAUAAGUUUCCCGAAACAGAUGCGGAAAUUGCAUACCGUAAAACAAUUACCACCCGACAACAGGAGAACGAAGCGAAAAACCUCGCCCAGAAGACCGAAUUGCGACUUCGAUCAGUGAAUUCUUUUCGCUGCCUUUGAACACAAAGGCGAAGCACGUUCUGGCACAGACACCUCAGGCAGGCACCCGACACACACCUCGUCCGCCGGAACAGCAACCGACAUUGAAUGAACGUCGUGGUCAUCGUUUCAGAUAAUGGCAGAAAAAUGUACCGUAACCAUUAAGGAAGAGCAACACCAGUGCACCAUCCCAUUGUCGGAGAUCCUAAAUGAUUCGUCUACGGUGACCAACACUCCGAUAACGAUUAUUGCACCGCUAACAAUCGGGCCCGGUGGCAAGGCACCGUCGACGACGACGGUGUCCGGUUCCUCCACACCCACGCAGUCCGGUUGUCCGAUCGGUUGUGAUGGACAGGAGGAUGCCGGGGCGGACGAACGCGAGGAUGACGACGAAUGGUUCUAUGUGGACAAAAGUGUUACCGACGGUCAUAUGCGGGGGGGUCAGAUACAGCUGGAAACGCCUGCCGUAGAGGAAAAGAACGGCGGUGGAUUGAAUAUGGCGAAACCAAAGCGUCUGAGCGAUGAGUUUUAUUCGGCUGAUGAUGAUUACGAUGAGGAUGAGGACGAUGAAAUGGUUGGUGAUGGUGGUAGUGUCACGACUGGAGGCGGGAUCGGAACUAGGAAAAGUGGUGAUGGGGAUAGUGAGGCACAUGCCAGUUUGAAUGAGAUUAAAAAUUUAAGUAUCACUAACUGUGUGGAAACUGGUGAUGAUCGAUUCGAACGGGAUGAGAAUUCCAUAUCCGAUCCGAUCUAUAUCAGUGAGGAAACAUCAUCGUGCAGCAGUGGCCAUCAGCGAUCGGCUGGCGAAUGUUCUACUGGUGAGGCACAAGAAACUGACGCACAACCCCAGCUACUGGAGGAAGAGCCACGGAUUGAGAUGGAACACGAAGAUAUUCCGGAGAGUAAAAGUGUUCCCAUGCUGGGGGAAAACCUGGAUGCUGAUGAUGACGACGGUGAUGUCGAUGAGGACGAUGUGCAAUCAAUCGAUGCAAUCGAACGUCGGGAUUUUGAACAGGAGCAAAAACUGACUGGCGGAAUUAUUAUUAAAAAUAGCGCGUUUAUACCCGAUAACCAUAGACUGAAUUUAGAGUUGAUAAGUAGGAUUAAAAAGAUGCAUGAGGACGAACUGCCGAAGAAAUCUCAACCCGAACGCAAGAUUCAGCUUACGUCAACGCCAACUAGCAGUAGACACCCCCCAUACAAGAGCGGUAGCAGUAAUCCAACUAGUUCUAAUAGCACUAGUAGUAGUAGUAGUAGUAGUAGGGAACAAAACAGUAAUAGUACAACAAAGUCAGCGGUUAAAGUGAACCUGUCGGCUAGUCUAGAGGGCUACUGUACGAACACGGAUGCCGCGACUGCGAUGGAUGGAAUCGAUGGUCCGUCCUGUUCCUCCUCGUUGGCACUAUCGUCGUCUUCUUCGGCCUCUAGUAGUAGCAAAGGCUUACGACGCUACCAGCAACACCCCGAUGCUUUCCUGAACAGCAACUCGAAUGAUAGCCUUUCAUCGGACCGAUCGAUCUUUAUUCCAAACCUGCAGACACUGAAGGCUUCCGCGAAGGAAUGUUCUACCGCACCGAACAACAGUCCGGUUAACGAACCCUGCCCGUCAUCGUCCUCCUCUUCACCAUCACCUUCGUCCGCCAGUUCGGCCGGACCGUCUACGUCAACCGAAGCAACUAAACCGCCCUCCGACUGUAGCCUGUCGUCGUGUGCUACAUCCGUUAUCAAACAAACCGGAGAGUGCAGUAAAAAUAUUAACCAUACUGCGAUCCCAUCGUCCAGCACCAGCAACUCCUCUCUGUUUUCCUUCAGUUGUCCUUUCAGCAGUGCAGAUCGUGAAAACGGUGAAGGUUGCAGUUCAACAUCGGUACCGUUGAGCAGAUUUCCAUCCGCAUCUUCGAAUUUCGUUGACAAUAUCGCUGAUGAAGUAGAAGCGUCAACCGCGACACAUCGCAAUCGUCACCAGCAGCAGCUUCAUCAUCAUCAUCAUCAUGAUCGCAACCACGUCGAAGAUCCACUGUUGGAACCCUCUCAAAUGUCUAUGCCGUUGGAACUGGCUGCCGCUGCGGUGGACCACGAGUGUGACGAAGAAAACUGGGCCGAUUGCGAAGAAGGUUCCGAUGAGGAAAUUUGUACAUGCCGAGAUUACACCGAUGACGAAGGGCACGGUGGUGCUGGGCUCGGUGGUCAUGCCAGUAGCGAAGAUGAGCUGCCAUCGCGAGAUGUCGAUCUGUCCAGUUAUACUCACAUGGAUGCUGCAGAAGACAUUCUCGCUCAUGAUCCUUCCGGUUCCGGAAGUACGACGGCCGCCGUAAACAACGCACAAACGCCAAGACUGCAUCGGAAACGCAAACUAACGGAGAACCGAAUGCUGUUUGGAAGCGGCGCUGGUCGUACGAUGGGAUCCGAAAACGUGGGCGGCUUGGGGAAUCAUUGUGACAACACGAGCACGGAGUCCCUCAACUUUAGUAGUCGUAAACGGUUAGCUUUAGAUAGUACCAGUUCACCAAGAACUCUACUCAGUCCGUCUAAUCUUACUUCAACACCAACAUCCUCAACGAUGGGAGAGCGGAAAACUCCCAGAAGUAUAAUCCCAACCAAAGAUAACCCUCCUCCCGAGGUAAACGAUUGGUUGCAACAAUUCCAGCGAUGGACUCCCGUCGAACGUCUGGUGGCAGUAGAUCUACUGAUCGAACAUUGCGACCCGACUCAGGUGCGACACAUGAUGAAGGUAAUCGAGCCCCAAUUCCAGCGGGAUUUCAUCUCGCUUCUGCCGAAGGAGCUUGCGCUUCAAGUGCUGUCCUAUCUGGAACCAAAGGAUCUUCUGCGUGCUGCUCAAACGUGCCGCAGUUGGCGUUUCCUGGCCGAUGACAACCUGCUGUGGAAGGAAAAGUGCAAAGAAGCCGUCAUCGUGAUGGAAGCGAUGGGUGGUGACCGUCCGAAACGGGGACGCGCCGGCAAUAUGCCUCCCAUCUCUUCGCUCUGGAAGGCGGCUUACAUGCGGCAGCACAUCAUCGAAAUGAACUGGCGUUCGAGACCGAUCCGUACGGCCAAGGUGCUGAAAGGUCACGACGACCACGUUAUAACGUGCCUUCAGUUCUGCGGUAACCGAAUUGUGUCCGGUUCCGACGACAAUACGCUCAAAGUGUGGUCUGCCAUCACCGGGAAGUGCCUUCGAACAUUGGUUGGCCACACAGGUGGAGUUUGGUCGUCACAAAUGGCCGGAAACAUCAUCAUUUCCGGCAGUACUGAUCGCACUUUGAAGGUGUGGAAUGCUGAGACUGGCCAACUGCUACACACGUUAUACGGCCACACCUCGACUGUUCGUUGCAUGCAUUUACACGGUAAUAAAGUCGUCAGUGGUUCCCGUGAUGCCACUUUACGAGUAUGGGACGUCAACGAAGGUACUUGCCUGCAUGUGCUGGUUGGUCAUUUAGCUGCCGUUCGCUGCGUCCAGUACGAUGGCCGACUUGUAGUGUCGGGAGCCUACGACUAUAUGGUUAAAGUUUGGAACCCGGAAAGACAAGAAUGUCUUCACACACUGCAAGGUCACACCAAUCGAGUAUAUUCGCUACAGUUUGAUGGGAUACAUGUCGUAUCUGGUUCUUUGGACACAUCAAUACGCGUGUGGGACGCAGAAACGGGUAGUUGCAAGCACGCGCUGAUGGGUCAUCAGAGUCUAACAUCCGGUAUGGAGCUCCGGCAGAAUAUUCUCGUCUCUGGAAAUGCUGACUCGACCGUUAAAGUCUGGGAUAUCAUCACUGGCCAGUGCUUGCAAACACUAUCUGGCCCCAACAAGCAUCAAUCGGCCGUCACCUGUUUGCAAUUCAAUUCGCGCUUCGUAAUAACCAGUUCGGACGAUGGAACCGUCAAGCUGUGGGACGUUAAGACUGGGGAGUUCAUUCGUAACCUAGUAGCACUGGAAUCGGGAGGUUCUGGUGGUGUUGUUUGGCGAAUUCGAGCCAACGAUACGAAAUUAAUUUGCGCCGUGGGGUCACGCAACGGCACGGAGGAGACCAAACUAAUGGUACUGGACUUUGAUGUGGAAGGUGCCUGCCUGAAAUGCUCAUAAGUUUGAAUAAGUAUACUCUGAAUACCUUCCUAGAAAACAUAUUUCGCCCUAUCCUCUGAUGCUUGUGUUUGUCUGAGCCUCAAAAAAAAAUGAUAAACCCCCGAAUCCUCUCUUGAAGCUCCCAUUAUAUUCCCCCCUACCUGCCACCUACUGGUAACAAUAUUCUCGAACUCGACAUUGGUCCGUUGGUUCGUGGAUGCAAGAUCAAGAGGAGAGAUACACAACACUCCCAUUGCAAGUGUCUGCAGCAGACGGCCAGCUCGGGAGCAUCAAAUAUACUUUAGUAGGAAAGUGCUUAGAAUGCGUAACCGCCCUUUCGUUCGAUCGAAACCGGAGAAGAUGUUUGAAUCCUGCCGUACUGUUGUUUCCGAGGUCAAGUGCGAAUGUUUUUUUUAAAAUACUGUUGAAAUUUGUUUCCCUUGUUAAGUUGAGCAGUAGUUUGUUUCUUUUUUAUAAAAUUUUCCCAUGAUUUUACUGUGAAAGAUAGAAGUGGUUAACAUUUACUCAUUGUGUUGUUCGGCUUGAAAUGUUUAUCAUUGUGUGAUUUUAUUGUUCGGUACUAGGAGGCACAAUAAUGACACUCACAGGAUCGAUCAAUGCAUCUUCUCUGCUUUGGUUCGGGAACAGAUCGACGGGAAAAUGCUUUAACGAAUACAUGAAAUAACGGAACAGCUUUUGCUUUAGUUUUUAGUUAUCGAUCCUCAGACUCACGGAAACGCUGAAAAAAAACAUCAAUUGAACUGGCGUAGACUUAGUGUAAUAAACUAAUAGUUAUGAUUAGUAGCAGUGUUUAAGCUGGAACAAGUAAACCAAGCAGAUAUGCAGAAUUAACCUAUCACACGCAAAAUGCAGACAACAAAUAGCUGAAAUGAAAGAGAAAAAAAACUAAACCACACAAAAUGAUGCAGCAAUCGCCUUAGAGA